UGCGUGCAGAGUGUGAGCGUGCAUAAAUUCACGAACCUUCAAUUUUAUUUGUUUUCUCCAGUGAAAUUCUGUAUCACUAGAUUCGCUACUUUGCCUUGACAGGGAUUUUUCUGCCCUUAUUGUUGGUUAUCACAGCGAAUCUUCACAGAUCAGUGUUGUUCAUCACAGCUGUGUUUUAAUCAUAAUGAGUAACUUUGGCUGGUGUAGAAACAUGCUGGGUCAAAAGCUUACUGAUGAUGAAAUGAGAGUAAUAAAGCACCCAGCAGUGGAGCUCUACACUCAUGUUACCUUCAAGACUAUUCAGGCUGGAGCUCUGUUGGGAAUGGUUGUCAUUGCUCCUGUUUUCCGCCUUGCUGCCGGUCCUCGCACACUAUUGGUUAUCAAAGAAACUGCACUUCGUUAUGGAAGAAAUGGUGCAAUUAUUGGCAUUCCACUGGGUCCUCUUAUGACUUAUGCCAAAGCCACAAGCGGUGAAGGCAUAAAUGAUGAUGGAAUGUUUGAUCGUGCAUACAGAUUAAGGUAUAACCGUAACCAGGUGCGAGUGGACCAAGCCUCCUUCCUUGGAGCCUUGGGAGGUGCUGGUGGGUCCUUGUUGUUGGGGGGCUCAGCCGUGUCUGGAGCCGUAGUGGGCCUGGUAGGAGGAACAGUUGCUAUGGGUGUUUACAACACUGUUGCUGCCGAGAGGCAUGAAUAAGCUAAAAGAUGGAGUACAAAGUGGGGAGUGGACUAACUAAACAAGAUGUGGUGUUUCUAUUUGUAAUUAAUUUGUAUCUACAGAUGGAUUUAAAAAUGACCUCGUGAUCUGUGAUUGUCAGCAGCUUUCAGUUAUACCAUGUUAACAAUGGGGGUGACAGGCCUAUACAACUCCUAUCCACGUGUAAUAGCCGCUUUUGAAGUUUUACUCGAACGAGUAUAUCUUUUAAGGAUCUGCCCCUUUUGUAUGGCAACUAUAGCAGUUUACACAAAGUUUUUAUUUACACACCAAACCAAAACCAUAGUCAUGUCACUAAAAGUUGACAGUUAAUUGUGAUAAUACCUGUGCAUUCUCCGGGGCUAGUCGUUUUGUUAGCAAACAGGACUUUGCGCUCGAUGCUCAACGAGUUUGCCAAGGAGAAAGGUCUCUGAAGAGUUCUUUGGCCGUGACAAAACAAAAGCGCUGGGUCAUACUAGCCACGAACAAUUUAUUAUCCUAGUGACGUCAACUGGCUAAUCGCUGUAAUGGGUGGAGGUGCACCAAUAAAAAAUCGAAGGAAAACAGAGGGGCCUUUUGUUUAUAAUCACUGUAUAAACUUUAUUAAAAAUUAGAGAUAUUACACAUUAUGAGUAUGUAAUAAAUUUCAACCUUGACUAACUAUA